AUGGCUGCACCGAACAACAGCCAUCGAUUCUCGAUCCUAAUCAUCAACCCAAACACUUCUGCCCACAUGACGAACGCACUCAAACCCAUCCUGGAGGGCUUGAAUCAUGCAGAUAUCUACUUCGAUUACUUCACGGCGCCUUCAGCUGAGUCUGUCACACUCCCGGAUGGGCGCAUUAUCGACGGAGUGCCCAGCAUCAACUCGGGAGAGGAUUCCACCACAUCAGCCUUGCAUUGCAGACCCUUUGUCGAACCGCUUGUCCCAAGAUAUGACGCAUUCCUUGUCGCAUGUUAUUCGGCCCAUCCUUUAGUCGGCAUGCUGAAAGAAGCGAUCACAAAAUUUGAGGAGACAUCCUCCAGAAGAGACUCCGCAGUACCAGAGCUCCGAAAGAAAUAUGUGACGGGCAUAUUCGAAGCUAGUGUCUUGACCUCUCUCUCCCUCAUUAGCUCUUUCCAUCUGACAGGAGAUGCAAACUUUCAUAAAGCCCAAGCGAAGGACACAUUCGGCAUAGUUACCACCGGGAGCAUCUGGAGAGACGAACUGACAAGAGCGGUCACAGAGAUGAUCGUGAAUUCUGGCGACAGUGACUGCUCUACUGCUCGCUUUGCUGGUGUAGAGACCACUGGAUUGACAGCCGUUGAAUUACAUACUGCGCCUGCCGAAGAAGUGAGGAGAAGAAUCAGCGAUGCGACAGAGAGACUCAUCAAAAGCACGUCGCAUCCUCUAAGUGCCAUUUGCAUGGGCUGUGCGGGAAUGGCAGGCAUGGAGGAAGCAGUGCGAGACGGCUGUAUCAGGGCCUAUGGUGAACGACAAGGCCGUCGAGCCCGCCACCUCCGAAAUAAGAUUCCCCGCGAAAACGCGCUACGCGUGGGCUAUAACCUCGACUACUUCUGGUGGUCAAGAAAAACGAUGCCCAGAGAAAUAAUCACAAUUCAAGCCGGCCAGUGCGGCAACAAUGUCGGCAGUCAAUUCUGGCAACAGCUUUGCCUUGAGCACGGAAUUAGUCAGGAUGGGAACUUGGAGGAGUUUGCGACAGAAGGCGGGGAUCGCAAGGAUGUCUUCUUCUACCAGAGCGAUGAUACCAGAUAUAUCCCCCGAGCGAUCCUUCUGGACUUGGAACCAAGAGUUUUGAACUCAAUACAAAGUGGACCUUACAAGAAUAUCUACAAUCCUGAGAACUUCUUCAUCGGUCAGCAAGGCAUUGGUGCUGGGAACAAUUGGGGUGCCGGCUACGCCGCUGGCGAAGUUGUACAAGAGGAGAUCUUCGACAUGAUCGACCGAGAAGCGGACGGUAGUGAUUCUUUAGAGGGCUUCAUGUUCCUGCAUUCGAUUGCAGGAGGAACCGGUUCGGGACUUGGCAGCUUCAUCCUAGAGCGGAUGAAUGACCGGUUUCCCAAGAAAUUGAUUCAGACAUACUCCGUUUUCCCAGAUACACAGUCCGCAGAUGUUGUGGUCAAUCCGUACAACAGUCUGCUCGCCAUGAGGAGACUGACACAGAAUGCUGACUCUGUCGUUGUUCUCGACAAUGGUGCACUUUCGAGGAUCGUUGCGGACAGGCUUCAUGUGCAAGAGCCUUCGUUCCAGCAAACGAAUCAGCUUGUGUCCACCGUCAUGUCAGCCUCUACAACCACCCUCCGUUACCCCGGUUACAUGCACAAUGAUCUUGUUGGAAUCAUCGCCUCUCUUAUUCCUACACCUCGCAGCCAUUUCCUGAUCACAUCAUACACGCCCUUUACCGGUGACAAUGUCGACCAAGCAAAGACAGUUCGCAAAACCACCGUUCUAGACGUUAUGCGCCGCCUGCUACAGCCGAAGAACCGCAUGGUUUCGAUCAACCCCAGCAAGUCCAGUUGCUACAUGAGUAUUCUCAACAUCAUCCAGGGUGAAGCAGAUCCCACAGAUGUGCACAAGUCUUUGCUGCGUAUCCGCGAGCGACGCUUGGCAUCAUUCAUCCCUUGGGGUCCGGCCAGUAUUCAAGUAGCCCUGACCAAGAAAUCUCCAUACAUACAGAACACACACCGCGUCAGCGGCCUGAUGCUGGCGAAUCACACAUCAGUCGCAACGCUCUUCAAACGAAUUGUCCAACAGUACGACCGCCUGCGGAAACGAAACGCCUUUUUGGAACAGUACAAGAAGGAGAGCCCCUUUACGGACGGUCUCGGCGAAUUCGACGAAGCGCGGGCUGUGGUGAUGGACCUCGUUGGUGAAUAUGAGGCAGCAGAAAGAGAAGACUAUCUGGAUCCAGAUGCGGGCAAGGAUAAGGAGAUGGGGGUGUGA